UCUUUUCUUCUCCCUUCUCUCCCUUCUUUCUUGAGCCGCACCCAUUAUCGAGGCCCCCACUUUUCCAUCUGCCCUUGCUUUCUCCCCUUUCUCCACUCUCACUUCUUUGCUCACUGGAGAAUUCCUGUUCUGGGUUCUCUCUCAUUCUGUUUCCCCGUCCUCCAUUUUCCCAUUUUGGGUUCCACUUCUGCAAUUCCAUCCUUCCCCUGUUUCCCCACCUCUCUCUCUCCGUAGCAUUCAUUGCUAUUUCGACUGCCACCUUCAGGUUUCCGUUUAACACCCUGCUUCUGUCCCUCCCGUUUUUAUGACUCUGCUUCCACCUCAACUACCUCCGUUUGCAUAGCAUUGAUUUCCCACCACUACUACGUCCGUCUGCUCCUCUGUUACCCUGCUGCCGCCAUUGAAGCUGCCUCUCCCAUCUUUGCUCUCGCUUUCCCCUUCCUCUUUCCUCCAAACCCUCAAUUUUCUUCUGGGUCUUCUGCCGUUCCAUGCCCUACGCCUUAUGCAGCAGCUUAGCUAACUUCAGUUCGGGAGCUUUUUUCUUCAACCAUCUGUGGGGAAAGGAAAAAGAAACAGAGACAAGUGAAACAAAGAAUGGGUACCACGAGCUCGAAGCAGGAGAAAAUUGAAGCAUUACGCCUGUGCAAAGAGCGGAAGAGGUUCAUAAAGCAAGCAAUUGAUUCCAGGUACAAUCUUGCCGCAGCUCACGUCUCUUACAUCAACUCCUUGAAAAACAUCGGCAUAGCUCUCCGCCGCUUCGCCGAGGCCGAGGUGCUCAUCGAGUCCUCUCUUUCGACUGCCUCCGUCACCGAGCUCGACAAUGACAAGUCUCCUUCACACUCAUCCUACCCUUCACCUUCCCCAACCCACCAUGCCGACGCUUCCGACUCGCCGUUCGACGCCGCCGUCUCCCCGCCGGUGAUGCACGUCAGCUACAUGAAAUCCGCAGGCGGCGGCGGCGGCACUGCUGCUACUGCGGUCACGGUCAAACUCAGUAAUGUGCAGAAUGCGAAUAGGAUUAGCGUUGAUGGGUUCGACGAAGAUGAGGGUUUGGUAUUCUCCAUGCCAAUGCCGCCCCCGCCCCCGCCUCCGCCGUUUAGUGGGUCUUGGGACUACUUCGACACCAGUGAUCAUUCUGAGAGCUUUAUGUUUCCGGCGCAGAAUGAGUUGGGGUUUGACUUCCAUGACACGAGAAAGUGGAAUGGAAGGGUUUCGAGUGAUGAUCAUGGUAUAAUAGAUGCUAAGGGGAAAUUGGCACAGUCUGGUUUUCUAGAUGGUAGUAUCACUGCUCAAGCUCCCGCUAAUGGUGACAAUGCAAGGCAUGGAGUGGAGGGAAAUGUUCCGAGGAUCUCAGGUGCGAAAGAAAGCUAUUCAAUGAGGCCCAAGGGAGGUGAAGAAAGACAGCCAGAUACAGUGAGGAAGGCUUGCAAUGGGCCAUCCGUUGAAAUCUUAGUUGCAAAGAAGGAGAAAGCAACUGUAUUGAAAGGUUUAUCAGCAGAAGAGAGAGAAGAUCCUUCUGAGUUCAUUACCCAUAGAGCUAAGGAUUUUCUUUCGAGCAUAAAGGAAAUUGAACAUCGUUUCUUCAGGGCAUCCGAAUCAGGGAAGGAGAUUUCCAGAAUGCUUGAAGCUAAUAAUAUCAGGGUAGGAUACUCUGAGCCAAAAGGAAAGUCUUCUGCAAUAUUGGUUCUGGAAGCUUUCAAUCUUGUUUGCUGUCAGGGAAGGACUGCACUUGUUUCUAAUGAACCUGGGGAAGAUGUAACGAAGGUCAUAACUUGGAAGAGAACAACAUCAUCGAGGUCAUCCUCGUCUCGAAACCCACUCACUAAUGGGGCAAAAGAUGAUGAUGUCUCUGAUAGUGGUAGCGAAUUUAUUGAGGAGUUCUGCAUGAUUUCAGGAAGCCAUUCCUCCACCCUUGACCGACUCUAUGCUUGGGAGAGAAAACUCUAUGAUGAAGUUAAGGCCAGUGAAUGUAUUAGGAAAGAGUAUGAUCAAAAGUGUGAUAAGCUGAGACACCAAUUUGCGAAAGAUCAUAGUGCUCAUGUUAUCGACAAGACUAGGGCUGUUGCGAAAGACCUACACUCAAGGAUAAGAGUUGCAAUUCAUUCUGUGGACUCCAUAUCAAAAAGAAUCGAGAAGAUUAGAGACGAAGAACUGCAUCCUCAACUCCUGGAGCUAGUUCAAGGGUUAAUCCGGAUGUGGAAGGCUAUGCUGGCAUGCCACCAUGCACAGUACAUUACCAUCUCCUUAGCAUACCAUUCGAGAAGUACUACAACGACAGCGACAACACCACAAGGAGACACCCGACGGCAAGCCUUGUCCCAGUUACUGCAAGAGAUCGAGUGUUUUGGAUUGGGGUUUGCAAACUGGGUCAACAGUCAUACAUCAUAUGUUCAAGCUCUUAACGGGUGGCUGCUGCACUGCAUCAUGCAACAACCACAAGAGCGAUCGAAGAACAGGAGGCCUUUCUCCCCACGCAGAGCUCUGGCCCCACCUAUCUUCGUUCUCUGUCGAGAUUGGUCUGUCGGCAUCAAAUCCUUGCCAUCUGAGGAACUCAGCAAUGCGAUAAAAUCAUUUUUGGCCGAGGUGGACCAGUUGAUGCAUCAUCAGCAGAGGGUAGUAAAGAAUGAUGGUGAUGGAGCCCAACAAGAAACAGAUUCCAAAGUUGAUGGUGAGAAGAAUAACGAUGAUGUAUCUGCAAACUUGAGUUGCAUCCACGCCAGUCUAGCGAAGGUUCUAGAUAGACUAAACAAGUUCUCUGAAGUUUCUCUGAAAAUGUACGAGGAUAUUCGGCAAAAGAGUGAAGCUGCGCGAGUUGCAUACUCGACUUGCAGACCGGUUAGAUUCUGAAGCUGUCGGUAAUCACGAUAUGUUUAAGCAGGCAGCAUUUUGAUUUCGGUAGAGAUCUUUAAUGAAAAUAUUACUAAUGUGAAUUUCAAGUACCGGAAUUUAAGUUAUUGAGAGUUGAAAUAGAGAAUGUCUAAUUGCAAAGU